AAGUAGAAGCAGCAGCACGAAGAGACGAAGAAGAAUUUAACGGUUCCCGGUUGUUGAGCCGCUGAAGCUUCCACGGUACCGGUGACCCAAUCAUUUGGACACUUUUGUAGCACCGUCCACAGCUCUGUUCUUUGACUUCAUCGAGCUAACUCACCGCGAUGAGUUUUCAACCAGCUAAGUGCUAACGACUGAGCUCACCCAGCGUCGUUCUCCCUGCUGUCACAGAUCCAUUGUAAUGGGGGACGGCUCUCAAGUGAUGGAGGACAUUGUUUUUCGAGGGGAGGAGUUUUCUGUGAAGAUAGAGGUGGAUAACAGUUUACUGAUGGUGGAAAUUGCAGACUCUACGACAGCAGAUCAGUGGAGGGGAGAGUUUGAUCCUGCUUAUAUUGAGGACCUCACUCGCAAAACUGGCAACUUCAAGCAGUUUCCCAUUUUCUGUAGCAUGCUGGAAUCAGCGGUCAGAAAGACGAGUGACUCCGUUACACUUGACCUCUUGACCUAUGCUGACCUGGAGCUGCUACGUAACAGAAAAGCCGGGGUAAUCAGUCGUCCCCGUGGUCAUCAGCAGUCGUCUGCCCUCACUGCCAAAAGAUAUCUAAUCCUCAUCUACACUGUGGAGUUUGACAGGAUACACUACCCUCUACCUCUGCCAUAUGUGGGUAAGCCUGACCCAGCUGCCCUGCAGAAGGAGAUCAGAGCCCUCAGAGCUGAGCUCAGUGCUCUCACCUCCCACCGAGUCAACAAAUCUACAGAAGUAGAGAUGCAGCGGCUACGAGCAGAGUUAUCUCUGGUGAAAGAGGAGAAGAAGGCUAUGGCCAAAGUUCUGGAGCAGCUGCAGAUGAGUGUAAGUGGUUCCACAGCUGGACGAGGGGACUGGAUGGUCAGAGAUGUGGGGAGGACACUUGAAGAGCAGCUCAUCAAGGAGAGGUCCAAGAGUCAGGAGCAACGACUGCUAAUGGAAGAGAUGCAGGAGCUAAGAGCAUCAGAGCGUGCUCUCCGCCUUCACGUCAAGAGUCUCACCAGCGAACUGGUGUCACUACGCAGAGGGUUAGACAAUCUAAGCGUCCGAGUGACUCCCGUCUCCAGUCGCGUCAGCUCUAGAGUUGAUGGGGAACCACAUUGUUCUCUGUCCCACGAAAGAGGAUCGGGGUACGGAACAACCAGAGCUCGCUCAGGAUCCAGAGAGCGAAUAUACGACAGAGUGCAACGGUCAGCUGAGAGAGGAAGACGAGCAGAUUCCUCAGGACGCUGUGCUCACAUAUCCAGACAGUCACCCUCUCCCACUGGGUCACGGGUUCCACCACGCUUUGACCCCACUGCUUACAUCCAGGACAGACAGCGCAGACAGAAGGAAACAGAACACAAAAAACAGAGGAAGGUGCGGAGGGACACACCCAUGUCACCCAUCAUUCCCGAGAGGGGGCGUUCACGUUCCAGAGAGGCCUAUCCUCAGAGGGCGCGCUCUGGCAGCAGAGGCAGGAGUUUAUCUGUGGAGCGCAGAGGAAGCAGGAACUCCUCUGGAAGCUCCUUAGUGGACAUGGAAGAAAUGAGCAAAGCUCUGCUCAGAGGAAGAAAACAGAUGUACAGUUACAAUGGACCCAGUGUGUCAAGAGGAGGCCUUGUGACCAGGAAGCCACUGUGCAGUACUCCCACACAGAGAAUGAAAGAAAAAGAGACUUGUAUAGACGGAGGAGCUGAGCUGUCGGAGAUCGACGCCAGGCUGCAGGCUCUUCAGGAUUAUAUGAGAGACCUGGAUACUGGACAGUAAAACAAAGUCCCCCGACAUCAGGAAACUACAGCCAUCACUGUGAAACAUUUUUGUUCAUUAAUUUAAAAUCUGUAUAUAAAUGAAGUUGUUUUUAUUCUUUAUCUUUUACAUCUUCCAAAUCUGACCAAACCACUGCAUACAAGGAUUUGACAUGUGACAAUAACUCCGCCUAUAGCUGUUAUUGCAUGUUGUUUUCCUUGUUUUACACUUUUUUGUUUUUGUUGUUGUAGAACAUGUCGAUGCACCGGCCAUUUUGCAUCUAACUGCACAUUCUCACAAACUUCCUCAUGUUCUACUGCUUUAUCCACCACAUCCCCGUCAUCCCAGCUGACACAGGGUGAAAGGUCACACGUCCAUCACAGGGCAAACACACAGAGACAACCAACCAUUCACACAUACUGUCAAUUUCAUACUGUCCAAUUAUCCUCUGCAUGUUUUUGGACUGUGGGAGGAAACUGAAGAACCCAGAACAACCCCCCUCCCCUUGGUCGAAGCAGGAUUCGAACUUCUUAAUGUGAGGCAGUACUAUGAGCCACUAUUCUACCACGUAGCCAUCCAAUUGCACAUCCACACACACAAUUGUUGCCAAUGAAUGCACGUAAAGUUUGCUCAUGUAGUGAUUAACCUCUACUUUACUCAAACUGAAAUGUCAAUAAGUGCUAAUGUCAUAAUGAGAGCCUCGAUAAAAGGGAUAGUUAAGGUUUUUUUGAAGUGUGGUUUGGGCAGAAACUUUUUCCUGUAGAGGGCAGCAUUGCACCAUCACACUUUACAGUCUGCCAGAAAUGAUAGGAAGAAGAAGUGAGGCACAGAAAACAGAGUUGACCAUGCAGUGUCUCAAGAACAAGCACUGAGACACAGACACUGUCGGUUAAAAAACGAAUUUUAACUACUGAUCUGAAAAUCAGUGCCUGCUUUAAGACUAUGAAAUUGCAAACAACGUGGGUUAAACACUGAGACAUCACUGCUUCAGGAUGAUUGUUGUUAGACAGUUUGAAGACUUGUUUGCUAUUGAUACUGACUUUCUUAAGUUCUAAUGCCAUAUCAUCAAUAAUAAUAAUAAAUAUGCCAUUUCAUUUCACUCCUUUAGUUGGACGUGAUAUUUGGAAAGAAUAAAUUGCAGCAAAAUGAUGUUGAUGAGAAAGCUCUGAAUACAGGUUAAAAAAUAUAUAAUCGCACACAAAAAAGUAUAUUGUGUUUAAAGACCUUUAGACUGCGGUAUCUUACCUCGCUCUUAAACAGGCUUGUCUGACUGGAAAUGGAGGUUUAAUCUGUAUUUAGCUCACAGAGACACACGAGCUGCUGGUCUACUGCUGCCCCAUGUGGUCAGUUUGUGUCACUGCGGUAAUUUGACAAAGCUGAAAAGCAACUAACAUAUUUCUAAGAUACUUUAGAUUUGAUUAGGUGAGCGUUUGGUUGGUGAGUGAGUGAGUGACAUAGAAGU